CCCGGUGUGUCGGAGCGGAACUCGAGCGACUCCGGUAUUAAAGGCUCGUUUUUGCGGUUUUCAGUGUAAAUUCUGCGGUUCCGGUGUUUGCAACCACAGGCUGUUGAUGAACGCCUCGGAGAGCGAAGAGGACUCGUGUAACGAGAGGACGGCGCUCAUGAGCACCGAGAGUCCAUGUGUGCAGCCGUAUGACCGGCUGUGUGAGCCGCCCCAGGACACGAACUCCGCCCGGGUGAGUGGGAGGAGCCCCGGAGAGCGUCGGCCUGUGAGCUCCGACUCCUCAGACCCGAGUCGAGUCCCCCACAGUGCCGUUCAGGACAUCGAGGAUGAGGACCUGACGCUGAAGUACGGCGCCAAACACGUCAUCAUGCUCUUCAUCCCCGUCACGCUGUGCAUGGUGGUCGUCGUGGCGACCAUUAAAUCCGUCAGCUUCUACACGGAGAAAAACGGCCAGCGCCUGUUCUACACGCCUUUCCCAGAGGACCCGAACACCGUCGGCGAGAGGUUGCUGUCGUCGUUCCUCAACACCCUCGUGAUGAUCAGCGUGAUCGUAGUCAUGACCAUCUUCCUGGUGCUGCUCUAUAAGUAUCGCUGCUAUAAGUUUAUCCACGGCUGGCUGAUGCUCUCCUCCCUGAUGCUGCUCUUCUGGUUCAGUUACAUGUAUCUGGAGGAGGUGUUCAGGACGUACAACGUGGCGAUGGAUUACCCAACAGUGGCCAUGAUUAUCUGGAACUUCGGAGCAGUAGGGAUGAUCUGUAUCCACUGGAAAGGGCCUCUGCAGCUGCAGCAGGCCUACCUCAUCAUGGUCAGCGCCCUCAUGGCACUCAUCUUCAUCAAAUACCUGCCCGAGUGGACCGCCUGGGUCAUCCUGGCCGGCAUCUCGAUCUACGAUCUGGUGGCUGUUCUGAGCCCUAAAGGUCCCCUGAGGAUGCUGGUGGAGACGGCGCAGGAGAGGAACGAGCCCAUCUUCCCCGCACUCAUCUAUUCGUCGGCGAUGGUGUGGAUGGUGGGAAUGGCCAAUCCGGAUCCCGUGACUCAUUCAGAUGAGGAAGUGCUUCAGAAUGAGGGCGGGGUUUUGGAAAGGGAAGGGGCGGAGCCUGAGAGUCAGACAUUGCAUGGGCAGAGCAGGAGCCACUCUGUGGAGGAGGACCAGGAGGAAGACAGGGGCGUGAAGCUCGGAUUAGGAGACUUCAUCUUCUACAGUGUUCUGGUGGGGAAGGCGGCAGCGAUAGGCGGAGACUGGAACACCACGCUCGCCUGCUUCGUCGCCAUCCUGAUCGGUCUGUGCCUGACUCUCCUGCUGCUGGCCAUCUUUAAGAAAGCUCUCCCGGCUCUGCCCAUCUCCAUCGCCUUCGGACUCAUCUUCUACUUCUCCACCGACAACCUGGUGCAGCCGUUCAUGGACAGCCUGGCAGCUCAUCAGUACUACAUCUGAUCCCGGAGACUCGACACCGCCAUCGCCGCCAAGCCAUAACGACACACCCGUCAAUGUGAGAACUACUACAAAGCCUUUUAUUUACCCUCGUACGUCAACGUGAGAGCACUGGAGGCAGGACGAGCUGGUGAUUGCCGUCACCGUCGCCGGUCGCUCAUGUAGACGUGGCCGGCGUCACAUCACGUCUGCAGCCCUGAUGAUUUUUAGAAUAAGUCGAUCCGGGAUCAGAUCUCGCCCUUCAGAUUCGGAUUGAUAACCGGAUACGAGAAGCAGCACCUCACCCUUCAGAGUUAGAUGUUCGGUGUGAAGGUGCUUCAGCGCCGAGCUUUCUUUCUGAGCUUCCCAUACGCUCUUUAAAGCAUUUAUUAUUUUGUGUUCAGAUUUAAAGUCAGAAGCUGCUGCUUUUUUUUUUUUGCACAAAUGUCAGAAAAUGAAGAAUGAAACCUACGACCAGUUUCUUAAGCCUGUUGUUGUUUGUUUAUUCAUUUUUAGGUUUAAAAAGGUCAAUAAAAUGGCAUCGUGCAAGAUUCUACUGAAAAACUUGGAAAGAAUUGAAAGGCGAAAUCAAACCGUACACAACCGUAACGGAGCUACGACACGAACGUAGCCAAGAAACCGCGGAAGUCUAUUUAAAGCCUCGGUCACAACCGGCCGUACGUGCUCCUACGGCCGGUCUACGUGCAAGAAACGCACGGAGGGCGCGCGUAUGACGUGCUGAUUUUCGAGCCGCAGACCGGCCGCAGAGGUUCUUUGUCAUGUCAAACAAACUCUACGGGCGCUUACGGUUUUUUCCAGGUUGCAAGACAAACUUACGGCCAACGCGCGUCUUUCUCCACAAACAAAAAAAACCGCAGCGAUUUGGGAAAUGCCAAAAAUCGUACGUCCGGUUGUGACCUAGGCUUUAAGCUACACGUUCAGCAUCACGCAGCCCUUUAUAACUGAUUAGCGCUGGACAAAACGGUUAUCGAAGAAAAAACAAACAUGAUUUUCACAUGAAGUGUUUUUGGCUUCUUAGUUAAAGGAAAAGGCAACUUUUGUACAAAAUCACCACAAAUAGAUAGAUAAAUAUAUAAAGUAAUCGAUCAUGGAAUUUAUAGAGAAAGAACAGACCGCAUAACAGUAUCUUUUAACUUUUAAUAAUCUGGGCUUGCACUGAGCUCAGCGAAGAUGCGUUCCACCAUAUUGAUCUACUGCGCGACGUCAUGCGGCCCACCACUGAAAAGAACUCUUCAGUGCUUCAUGGUAAUAAGGUAAAAAACCAGUACAAUCGCUUCUUCAAAGUUUCACCAAAUGGUUUUAUUUAUGCAACUUAAAGCUCAUAAUACUGUAGAACUUUGGUCGAGUAAAAACACGGAGCAAAAACAUGGCUGAAUCCUGAAUGACUCCUAUUUGGAUUUGUUCUACCAAGCCUACUGCGCAUGCGUGAAGCGGCUCGGCUCGGUUUUCCCUUUCGGGCGCUCUCGUUUUCUGUUAGAAUUUGGUAAAGAAAAAAAUAAAUAAAUAUUAUUUACCAGCUUACCGGGUCCAUGAACAUAAAUCUGACAGCUGACAAGGUCGGGAUAUAAACGAAUCGAAUACAAGCCACCCGCCGGGACUCCUAAUCACAGUGAUCUGUCUGUAAACACUGUUUUCAUGGGCCCAGUGACGUCACAGAUCAGAGGGAGGCGCAUUAACGAAAGAUUCUGAUUGGUUUAUAGUUGCCCACAAUCUCAAAAUGGCUGCCUCCUCCAACUUCAACUCCUCUGUGUCAAUUCAUGAUUUCAAAGUUAAAAAUAUUUUUUCAUGUUCGAUAUAUAAUGGAAAUAAUUAACGGAAUUGAUUACGUACAUGUUUUUCUCCUAUUACACACCUGGUUUUGUACAAAAGUUGCCUUUUCCUUUAAUAAUAAUAAUAAUAAUAAUAAUAAUAACUGAUCUGCUCUUAAAAUGAACCCAUAACCUCAGUAGAAUUAUUAAUCAUCAUCAUGACUGCAUUAUUAAGUCGUGUUAACUCUAACUGUAUUAAAUCGAUUAAGAAAUCAUGAAUAAAUUCAAUAACGGUUCCAAAACCACGACAUAUUUAAAACACCAUCGGAACGAUCACGAUCACGUCUGUACGAGACUCUGAACGGCGCUACAAAGCCGACGAGUCGCACUUUUACGACACGAAGCUUCCAUGACUCUGGUAAUUGACGUUUUAUUUUCAGAGCUUACAUGAAAAACUGAACUAUUUACUACUUUAAAUUUUAGUUGAUUCACAAACACUGUGUUCUUCUGUGCGUUUUUUGCUAUUUUCAGUAUGUUUUUAUGUCUAAUAGCUUACGAGCUCGACCUUUUUUUUUUUUUAAAUCAGCGUGAGCAGGAACAACCCCCCUGGUUUAUCGUUAUCAUUAACCAGUUACUUCAACAUAACUGCACUUUGAAUUAAACGAACAAUCUUUCGAACGUUAGAAGGAAAAGUGAAAAGACGACGAGGAGACUCGGCUAAAACUCAGACGAGAAGAUGGACAAGAUCGAGCUUUGUUCCUUGUUUAACUCCUUACACUUUUUCUUCUCUUUAUAAAUGGAUUGUUACACGGCUCGUUGCUCACAGACUGAAACGGACGCUUCCGGUCUCUCGGCUGUUCAGGCACACAGGAAAUAUAAAGAACCCUUUAAUCCAAAUCUCAAACGAUCUGAUUUACAGCCGAGGUGCUGGAUUUAUUCUUUCUCCUCUACGCCAUGGGUCAGGCUGUUGUCGGAAAAUCAUCGGCUACGCUGAAGGUGACGAAGUAAAAGAUCGUUUCGCAGUAACGGCUCGUCCCGGAGUGUUUUAUUCCUCUUGCGCCACAGCAGUCAGUCAACAAAUACAACUUUAGACUGAAAGGUUUGGGAAACAGAGCUCUCACUCACGUUAUUGCAGUCGUUCUGUCACAU